UGUGUGGAAAUUAUUUUUCUCCUGCUAAACCACAACGGCAUAGAAUCAAACUGCUUCUUUUUGACACACUGGCUUUUCUGUCUUGUGGAUAUUAUGGCUAAUAACACAACAAGUUUAGGGAGUCCAUGGCCAGAAAACUUUUGGGAUGACCUUCUAAUAUCCUUCACCGUAUCCAUGGCAAUCGGGCUUGUGAUUGGAGGACUGAUCUGGGCGCUCUUCGUCUGUCUGUCUCGCAGAAGAGCCAGCGCCCCCAUCUCGCAGUGGACCUCCACCCGGAGGCCCGGCUCGUCCCACAGCCACGGUCUCAACAGAACUGGCUUCUACCGCCACAGCGGCUGCGAACGUCGCAGCAACCUGAGCCUGGCCAGCCUCACCUUCCAGCGACAAGCUUCCAUGGAACUAGCAAAUUCCUUCCCCAGGAAAUCCAGCUUCAGGGCCUCCACUUUCCAUCCGUUUCUGCAAUGCCCGCCGCUCCCGGUGGAGACGGAGAGCCAGCUGAUGACCCUGCCCACGUCCAGCGCCUCGCCAGCCCUCCGCGCGGCGCACAGCCUGAGCAGGCCGGACUGCCGCUGGUCCAGCAGCAGCCUGCGGGAGGGCUUCUCCACGCCGCCCCCUCCCGCCUACGAGUCCAUUAUCAAGGCCUUUCCAGAUUCCUGAACAGGGCCUUAAUGCUUCUUUUUUAAACUUAAAUAUAUAUAUAUAUAUGAUCUUGCCUUUCAUUGAAAGGAAAUCAUAUACAGGCUAAACAGAACUUUCAAAGUAUGGCCCCAGUGAUUUGAGUUUACAAGUAUAUGUUAAUGGAAGGUGGACAUUACAAUGUAAGACAUUUUCUUUGAACACAUUUUUUUUUUUUUGCUUUGUCUUACCAAAACAAAACAAAAAUAGCAUUUUCUCAAACAGUUUCAUAUUUAUGUAUUGGAAUUCGAUGUGAGGCAUUGGAUUCAAGAUACUGACUACAGGCUAUUAUCCACAAAUUCUGCAUGUAUGUUUUAGAUGAAAGACUUUAGAUGUCUGUAGUUUAGGUUUAUAAGCAUCAUUCGCUUUCCUACAAGGAAAAAAAGAAGUCACAUUAAAAAUUUUUUUAAGAAAUUUUAAUGUUAACAUUAUUUAGGAUUGCAAGUAUCUUUACAAUCCUGCAUUUUUAAAAUGAUGUCUAUGUGUCCCAAAUGACCGAACAUAGGAUCUAAAAUGCCUUGAUUCCACUCACUUGUGGUAGGUGUGAGACCUAAAGGAGGAAAGCUGAACUCUGUUGAUGCCGUGGGAUAGUUCAAUUUUAAUACCCCCCCCCCAACGUGCCUUUUGUACUUUUUCCCAAAGUAAUUAUCCACACGAUAGAGCAAAAUCUUGGAUUUGCUAAUAUGAUUUAACAUCAGCGUUGUGGGGAUGUUAUUACAAAAACAACGCAUCCAACACUUUUGUCCUAAAAAAUCACAUUUUAAGUUUAAUUUCAACUUCAGACUUUUCUUAAGGGAUAAAUUUCUUUCGUAGACUUGGAUUUGGAAACUUGGAAAGCACUUUAAUACAGAGAACUUAUCUGGUAAACUGCAGCCAAAUAAGGGCGAGUACCCUGGGUGGACACAGACACCGUAUCCUCCAAGAGCUCUCCCCCCUGGAUGAGCGCGACCCCCAGGCUGCUUCGCCAUGAAUCCCAAUAGCCUCCUUCCCCCCACCCCUGUUCUCUCAACAUGUUGUUCAUACAAUGAAAAAGCAGGCUUAGUGGUCACCAGGACAGUUACCCAAGGAGUCCACACCCACAGAUCGCCACCCUCUGCCAGGAAGAAGGCAGUGAGCAGUAGAGAAUUUUGGUGAUUUCCCCUUAAGGACAGGAGUUGUCUGUCCUGAACCAGUGGAGGGCUAAUUAGUCAAGAAGCUUGCUGGUUCAUAUCUUUAAGAGCAAGCACUUAGUUUAUGUUGACAUUUGUUCUUCUGAGCAUGGAGAUGUUCAGUGAAGAAAAUAUACUCAUUUUAGUCUUUAUUCCCAGUGGCCACAUCUCAUAGUGCCUGAACAUGCUCAAAAAACAAAUUGACAUUUUUUUAAUGUAGUGAAAGAUUCUAUAUAGCAGUUUUUUGUUAAUUUAUACUGCUUACAUUAUCUAUUGUUCCUCAAGGGAACAAUAUCUCCAGAAAGAGGCCCUCUAAAUGUGUGAGAAAAGAAGAAUAAAUGAAAGGAAAGAAAGAAAGAAAGAAGGGAGAAAAGCUAGAAUGAAGAAAGCAUGCACAGAGAGAGAGAGAGAGAGAGAGAGAGAGAGAUAACAGAAAACCAAUUCACUGAGGCUUGAUUAUUUAAUAAGGAGAUUUAGAAGCUGUAAUAUAGCCAAGAUUCCAAGAGCGCUUUAACUUAGUAGCAUGGCUAAUUUUAGUUUGCAUGCCAUCCUUAAUGUGUAACACGAGAAGUAAAGAAACCGUGGUUUUCCUGGAAUUUGUAUUGGGAAGAACAUCUGCUUAAUAUCUCUCCAGUGAGGGAAAUGAGAGCAAAAAUGCUCUGGUGCCUUUAGCAAUGUGGCAGAUUUAUUGCCUGGUCUUCAACUCUACCUAGAAAAUAGUCAAGAUGAGUAUUUUAUAAACGUUAUGCUUUGUACGAAGUGUGAAAUUAAAACAAGAACUCAAGAUA